AUGGCUGAAGGAAUGGCAACUACGCAGGAACUGAUCGCUCAUGGUAAAGAGUUGAAGUUAGAGGGUGGUGCUUUACUAGAAUUUGUAAGCAAACAGCAGGCGUUGCAACGGCAAGAUAGAGCGGAAAUGAGGGCACAACAACAGGCGGAAGCUGAGGCACAGAGAGAACACGAGAAACAGAUGGAGGAACUCAAGCUGCAAAGAGAAUUAGCCAUUGAGAAGGAAAAGCGAGCGACUGCUGAACGAGAGGAUUCUUUGCUUAAAGAGAGGCUGGAGAUGGAGGAACUCAAGCUGCAAAGAGAAUUAGCCAUUGAGAAGGAAAAGCGAGCGACUGCUGAACGAGAGGAUUCUUUGCUUAAAGAGAGGCUGGAGAUGGAGCAACAGGCUGCCCUGAAGGAGCAUUUAAGGAAGUUAGAGUUAGCAGAAGUUGAAGACAAGAAACCCCUUGGUUCGUAUCAGGCAACGUCGACUUCUACUACGAAGGGUCCAAAGUUACCCCCAUUUGAGGAGGGGAAGGAUAAUAUGGAUGCAUACAUCAGCAGAUUUGAGCGCUAUGCCGUAGCCCAGAAGUGGGAAAAGGCAAAUUGGGGAGCCAAUUUAAGUGCUUUGCUCAAGGGUCGUGCACUUGAUGUGUUUUGCAGACUUCCUGUGGAACGUGCUUUGGACUAUGAUAUGUUGAAGACAGCACUCUUGAAAAGGUUUGAGCUUACCGAGGAAGGUUUUCGUAAGAAGUUUAGAUCUGCUAGACCAGAAGCAGGUGAGACGUUUUCACAGUUUGCCAUCAGACUAGACAGCUAUUUCCAACGGUGGAUUGAGAUGGCUGAGACCACAAGGGACUUCGCUUCAUUAAAGGACCUCAUGAUCAGGGAUCAAUUCUUACAUUGUUGUGGUAAGGAAUUGUCAUUAUUUCUCAAGGAGAGAGUACCACGUAGUCUUAAUGAGAUGUCGAAGUUAGCAGACCAGUUCGCUGAAGCCAGGAACACUACAUCAGGUUUGAUGACUGGGAAGACUGGAAGUAAUAGAGGGGACAGACUUCAUGCUUCUAGUCAGAACAACACAGCCAAAUCUGAUAAAGCUGGGAACAGCAACAAGACUUGCUACGCCUGUGGGAAACAAGGCCAUAUGUCUUACGACUGUAAGAAUAAGAAGACGGGAAACAAGCAGAUAGCAGCUGUCAGUGCUCAGGAUAAGCACAAUUUAUCUGCUCAGAGGCACACACGAUCAUCCCCAAGAGGCAAGGGAUCUGGCACACGUAAGGUGAAAGUUCGUGAGAAGACGGACGGCACUGUGAUGAGUCUCAGUGACUCCUGUGACAGUGAAGGAGUGGUAAGGCGUCGACCCGUUACUAGGGGUUAUGUUGGCGACCAGCUAGUGACAGUUCUUAGAGACAGUGGUAGCGACGGUAUUGUCGUACGGAGAAGCCUUGUAGAGCCGAGCCAGAUGACAGGGAGGACACAGGUGUGUUACUUGGUGGACAAGACUCCUAUAUACGCGCCGGUGGCAAAAGUCUUCGUGGAUACACCUUUCUAUACGGGACAUUGCGAGGCAUGGACACUAGAGACGCCAUUGUAUGACCUUAUUAUAGGGAAUAUCUCCGGAGCUAGAGAACCUAGUGAUCCAGAUCCAGACUGGAGGGUGGAAAGGCAUGUCAUGCAAGCAGUUGAAACCAGGGCACAAAGGCGAGGUAAUGAGGAAACCUACAGACCUAUGAAGGUACCUGCUCCACUUGACGACGAAGUAAGUGUAGAAGAGCUUAAGAGACAACAGCAAAACGAUCCUUCACUAGAGAAGGUUAGGACGUUCGCAGAAAAGGGGGAUGUCUUUGAGAAGAAGCCAGGAAUCUUGUCGUCGUAUUAUGAGCGGAAAGGGAUUUUGUAUAGAAGGUUUAAGAGUGAGAAGUUUGCGGGAGGUAAGGAGUUCAAACAAGUUGUCGUUCCAGAUAAGCUGAGGGUUAGAGUGAUGAAGAUGGCACACGAGUCCAUUUUAGCUGGACAUCUCGGUAUAAGGCGGACGGUACAGAGAGUAUUGACGGAGUUUUUCUGGCCAGGACUUCAGGCUGAUGUAACAAGAUUCUGCAGGUCAUGUGACAUUUGCCAGAGGACGUUUCCAAAGGGCCGGGUACCAAAAGCACCGUUGGGUUCCAUGCCGCUAAUUGACACACCGUUCAAGCGAGUCGCCGUGGACCUAGUGGGACCACUUGACCCUCCAACACAACGAAAGAACAGAUACAUCUUGACAGUCGUAGACUACGCGACGAGGUAUCCGGAAGCUGUACCAUUACCAGGGAUAGAAGCAGAGAGGGUGGCUGAAGCCCUUGUGGAUAUAUUCAGCAGGGUCGGGAUUCCAUCUGAAAUGUUGACGGACCAGGGCGCCCAAUUUACGUCAGCUGUGAUGGAGGAAGUCAGUAGGCUAUUAUCCUUUCGACGCUUAACAACCACACCAUAUCAUCCUAUGUGUAAUGGCCUAGUGGAAAGGUUUAACGGAACGCUCAAGCAGAUGCUACGACGGAUGUGCGCGGAGAGGCCUAGAGACUGGGAUAAAUAUAUAAAUGCACUUCUGUUCGCUUACCGCGAAGUCCCUCAGGAAAGUAUGGGUUUUUCGCCAUUUGAGCUUCUCUAUGGCAGGACCAUCAGAGGACCUAUGAUGAUCCUCAGGGAGUUAUGGACAAAGGAUUUGGAUGACGACGAAGAAGUUAAGACAACAUAUCAGUAUGUCGUCGACCUCAGGGAAAGACUGAAUGAGACUUGUCGGAUUGCCAGUGACAGCCUGAAGAUGUCGAAAGUACAACAACGGAAGUACUACAACAGGAAGGCCAAGUUACGGGACUUGAAGAAGGGUGACAAGGUCUUAGUUUUACUUCCCACAAAGGCGAAUAAGCUACUGAUGCAAUGGCGGGGACCAUUCAUUGUGGAAGGCAAGAAAGGUAGUAUGGACUAUCAGGUGAGAAUGCAAGACGGCAAAGUCAAGACUUUACAUGUCAACCUUCUGAAGAGAUAUGUAGACAGGGACACUUCAGAGAAGGCGAGACGCAAAAGAAAGAAGGAACCAGGUGGUGAUGCUCAAGAGGGAGUUGCCUGUAUAGGAGCUGUUGUCGUUGAAGAAGAUGGCGAUACACCAACGGAGAUGAGACACACUGUGGUAGAAGCGUUUCCGAGACAGGAAAGGAAAGAGACUGUGGGUGAUGUCGUAAUCAACAGUGAUUUACCUUCAAACCAGGAGGUUGAUGUGAAGCGGUUAUUGGAAGAUUUUGAGGAUAUACUUACCGAUGUCCCAGGACGCACAAGUGUUGUCGAACAUGACAUACUUACCACUACCAAGGAUCCUGUAAAAGUCCGACCAUACCCGAUACCAUUCAGCACGAAGGAGACGAUAAAGGAAGAGAUCGACAAGAUGCUCGAGAUUGGUGUAAUAGAACCAUCCUCCUCCCCUUACGCUGCUCCAGUGGUGAUCGUGAAAAAAAAGGACGGGACUAACCGGUUUUGUAUAGAUUUCCGGCAGCUCAACCGCGUCACAGUGUUUGAUUCUGAGCCUAUGCCGAGCACGGAAGACAUGUUUUCCAGACUGGCAGGAUACCACUACUUUUCGAAGUUGGAUUUGACAAAAGGUUAUUGGCAGGUGCCAAUGGCUGAGUCAGCUAAGGAGAAGACGGCCUUUAUUACACCUGUAGGACUUUUCCAAUUUCGGGUUAUGCCAUUUGGAUUGGUAAAUGCUCCGGCUUCAUUUUGUAGGCUCAUGAGGAAGGUUUUGAAAGGAUUACAGAACACCGACAGUUUUGUGGACGAUAUCCUGAUAUACACCCGGACAUUUGAAGAGCAUUUGAUUGUCCUGAAGGAACUUUUUGAGAGAUUGCGAAAGGCGGGUUUGACUGCGCGACCUUCGAAGUGCUUCAUGGGAUUCCGAUCACUGGACUGUUUAGGACAUGUCGUUGGUGAUGAGCGUUUGCAGCCACAACCGCAGAAGAUAAGAGCGAUAGAAGACGCUCCCAGACCUGGAACAAAGACGCAGCUGAGAUCAUUCUUGGGAUUAGUUGGCUUUUACCGGAAGUUUAUCGCAAACUUUGCUGCUAUUGCCGUCCCACUGACAGAGUUGACGAAGAAAGGACUACCCAACAAGUUAGAGUGGGGAGAUCCGCAGGAGAAGGCAUUCUUGACUCUAAAGAAGGCUUUGACUUCGAAACCCAUUUUGAAGCUGCCAGAUCUGCACAAGCAGUUCAUACUAAGGACAGAUGCGUCCGAUUCGGGGUUAGGCGCUAUUCUUUUGCAGAUGGAAGAAGACCAGAAAAUGCCGAUUGCCUAUGCAAGCAGGAAGUUGCUAGCACGCGAACGAGCUUACGCGGUAGUUGAGAAGGAAUGUCUCGCCAUCGUGUGGGCUGUACAGAAGUUUGAACAGUAUUUGUACGGGAAGGAGUUUGUACUCGAGACUGAUCACCAGCCCCUUGUUUAUCUCCAACGUGCUAAGAUCGCAAAUGGACGUUUGAUGAGGUGGGCAUUACUUCUUCAGCCAUAUCGCUUCAGAAUUUCUGCAAUCAAAGGAAAGGACAACAUUGGUGCCGACUAUUGCAGUCGAGUCUAG